CCGGAUCCAUAUGGUGACCGCCUAGUUUGCCUUUUACGUAGGAACAGCUCUGGGAAGAGUGAUCAGAAGAAUGAUCCACAGCGCCUGCUUCGUUACACAGACCUGACUUAAACACCUACAUGACCUGACGGAUACAGAAAUGAAAUUGGUCUGCAAGUCGCUUCUUUUUGGUUCGUGUUUUCUGUCCGUUUUUUGCUCGUGGGCGAUUCCCAGAUUAACGUUGCGACAAGAUGAUUUGCGUCACCAGCUAAUCUAUAACAAAAAUGUAAGCCAUACAGUCUUCUGCCUUCGAAAUGGAUCCGAGAACUUGCUCUUGGGGAAACUAAACUCUGUGCUAGAGGUGAACGAUGAUGGUGUAGUAGAGACCUUCACCCUGACAGAUAAUGAAGGUGACUUUUGUGAUCGGAGUUCUUGUGAAAAUGUCAUAACUGUAAUAGAAGAACUCCAGGAUUGGAUUUUUGUUUGUGGGACAAAUGGAAAACAACCAAGGUGCUGGAAGCUGGACCCAAGAAAAAACAAUCGCUCUAGUUUGGUUGUGGAAAUCAUUGAUGGCAGUGGCAUCUCACCUUACACAGACUCACAAAACUCUCUGUCUCUUGUAGUAGAUGGAGACCUUUAUGCUGCAGCUCCACUUUACCUGGAGGGAACGUCACUACAGUUCCGCAGGCAAGCUGGCAACCAAAACAAAUUAUGGAUGUAUGAUCCAUGGAUUACAGAACCAACAUUUAUCUCAGCUUUUGUGGCCAGCAGACCUGAGGACCCAAUGAAUGAGAAAAUUUAUGUUCUCUUUCGAGAGAAAAACUCAGACAACAGUCCAGAAGCUGACCCCUGGAUCUCUAGAGUGGCCAGAGUAUGCAAGGUUGACAAAGGAGGGCCUAAGAUAUUAUUACAAUAUAUUUGGACAUCUUUCCUGAAGGCACGUCUUGUGUGUGCGAUUCGUGGAGAGUCGCUGUACUUUAACCGUCUGCAGGACAUCUUUGUGCUGCACUCUGAUGACUGGAAGAAAUCUCGGGUCUAUGCUCUUUUCUCAAGCAGCUGGAACGCCACGGCUGUUUGCGUAUAUUCCUUAGCUGAGCUUGAUGAUGUUUUUGAGAAUUCCAGCUUUAAAGAAUACAAUGAAGAGAUUCCCAACCCAAGGCCAGGAACUUGUGUGAUGGACAGUAGGUCUCUGCCCAUCCCUACUCUCCGUAUUGUUAGAAACCAUCCAGAGAUGACUGACUGGGUCCAUCCCAUACAGAAACGUGAUCCUUUGUACAUCAGCAAUAACAAUUAUACCAAGAUUGCAGUGGACAAAGUGCAGGCUUCAGAUAAAAACUUUUACAGUGUGUUGCUGCUUGCCACAGACACUGGAACGAUCCACAAGAUACUGGAGCAUGAUUCGAAAGCCUUUAUCAUUUCUGAGACAAGUCUUUGCAAUGGCUCUGCUCCUGUUCUGUCUAUGAAACUACACUCUGAAAAGAGAAAGCUGUUUGUUGGAUAUCCUGGGCAAAUGUCUGUCCUAGACCUGCGGAGGUGCCAGGACUAUAAUACAUCCUGUGAAGACUGUGUUCUUGCCAGGGACCCAUACUGUGCUUGGACUGAAAAUGGAUGCACCUCAAACAUUACAGGGGGAAUUCAAAAUAUUGCCACUGGUGAGCCACAUAUAUGUUCCAUAAAUUCAGCUCCAAAAAGACUCAAGCGGGAUGUACCAUCUUCAUUUCCAAACCCUCCAUUAGUGCACACUGUGCCCAAGGGUUUCCCUUUUUACCUUUCCUGUCCAAUUGACUCCCACCAUGCCACCUAUAGCUGGGAGCACAGACAUGAAAGCAAACCAUGCCAGAGGACUCAGUCUGACUGCCUCUAUCUAAUACCAGCUGUCAGUGAACACGACUAUGGAACGUACAGCUGUGUGUCAAGGGAGCGUAACUACAACAAAAUGGUUAAAGUAUAUGAACUGCAUGGUCCCUCUGAGCCACGGACCCCAAACAAAGCCUUCAAACUCACAGCUCAGAAAGUAAGAAUGUUGGCUGCAUUCACUGCACUUCUUUUCAGUAUACACUAAUCUGUCUAAAGAGCAGUAUGUCUGCUUCUCUCCUUAAGCUUCUUUCCCUCUUUGUCCUAUUUAGUGAUGCAAUAUGUCAGAGGUUGCCAGGGAAAGCAAGCCUGUGUAAAAAGAAUGGAACCCAGACAAAAGUGUACAUCAGUGGGUGUGAUGAGUCAGGGUAAUACCAGUCACACAGAAAGAAACCCAGUCAAGUGGGUUACUUUCUGUGACAGCUAGGACUUAUCCUGUAUUAAGGCUACCCACUGAACCAUGUUUCAAAGUAAGCAAUGAAACAGCUCAAAAUCAGGUGUGGUCUAACCUAAUAUAACAGGGACAUUAGAGCACAGUGAGAUCAUUUAGUAUGGAAAAGUCUAAAAACAUUUCCCUUAUAUGUUUUGAUUAAUGCUUUCUCUGGGGAAAAAUAGUAAUUUAUUCACUCGGUGGUACCUCAGCCAGGCCUAACGGUAACCAACUUUUUUGGUAUAAUGUCUUUCACAGUGUUUAUAAUUUAAAAAAAAGAAGGUUUUAAGCCAUCAUACCUCUAACUGGCCUCAAAAUUGCUACUAACUAGAUUUAUACAUUUGAAAAAAAUUAUUGUCAUUUUGGGGGAAGAAAAAGAAACAGGAAACACAAUAAUAACACCACUGAAGCUAUUAUUGUCGAUAUUUAUGGUGAUUGGGUUUUACAGACAUAGACAAUGCUACAGUAAAGCUAAGAAUCUGGUUUGUUGAGGGGUCUUUAAUCACAAUUGCAGAGUGUGUGUGGAUAGAGUAGGAAAAACAGUAGGUUACAAGUGGUUAUGAGUAGCUUUAUUAUGUAUUGUAUUGAAUUUGUUGAUGUCAUUGACAGAAUAGAGGCUUAAUGCAAGUUAGAUAAUUAUAAAUUAGAGAUUUAUCAUUUCUAUCAUGUUUGAACAGAUGUAAAGCUUUCUGAAUCUAAACAGCUUUAGACAAGACUUUAUUCUUUAUUCUUAGUCCAUGCAUUGUAUGUGUUUAUCAAUCUCAUAUUGAACAUUAAUGAUUUUCACUAAACAGAAAUGACGAUGGCAUGCACUUCAUGUUCCCCUCCGGACCCCAGUAGGAUUUUUGGGUCCUAUAACACUGGAAUGUACUUUUAUUUAGUCCCUUGGACAGUUUUUCUUCUCCUGGACAAUUUUCAUGUCCUUGAGUCCCCUUUGGGCCCCAUCUCUAUUAAGGACCCUUGGCCUUAUGCUCAUCUUUCUCUUAAUUUUCUUAAGGCAUCCUUGAGUGCCCCUAAUGCAUCUGUAGCAUUCUUGCUUGGUACAAGGGUUUAGCACAUCAUAAGGUUUUAAAUAGCACACUACAUCUUAAGUGUGGACUUACGGAUUAUAAAGAACAGUGUAGCAGAGGGUGUGAGGUGUUAAACAACAUAGAUCAGUGCUGGAGAUAUACUUCCUUCUGUUGAUAAUAACUAGAAAGUUAGAUCCAUCAUGUGAUGUGAUUUGGGCUGUAACUGAUAUGGGAGAUAAUGUGUUGGUGUAAGUGAACCAUGUGGACGGCCUGAUGUAAUUGGACAAUCAUGACUGCAUGAUUUAUUUUUGCAUGGACAGGAAGUAGGUAGCACCCUUCUGGGCUCUGUUGACAGGUCAGGAUUGUGAAGGAACAUAAAGGAUGUGGUGUGGUGGCUAGAAAACAAUAAUUCAGUUAAUAUUAUUGCUGUGGACCCACUGUUAGUACAACAGAGCUGUACAUAUUAAUAACUAAUCAACUGGGGACUGAAUGAUGCUUGUGUGUUUGUCGUUUAUUAUUAUUAUUAUUAUUAUUAUUAUUAUUAUUAUUAUUAUUAUUAUUACUAAGACACGAUUUUUAUUUAUUUUUUAUUUAUUUUCCAAAAGUCAUUUAUUACUAUUUAUCAAAAGUAAACUUAAGUAUAUAUUUUAGGACUAUUUUUUUAGACUUUCCUAUAAAAGAUAUACUUUGAAACUUGUGUCCUGGUCCCUGAAUGAAUAAAAGACUGAAUUAUUA